AUGGAUCCAAGGUAUGAACAAGUUGAUGAUGAAGAUCUACUAAGCGAGGACUCUUCUGAAGAGUAUAAGAACUUGGUCAAGGAAUUCGAGCUCAAAGUCGAAGCCUUGAAGAAGAAGAAAAAGAAAGAGGAGUCCUUGAAACAGCGGCUGAAACGACAAUUGAAGGAAUAUACAACUCCCGAGGUACCAGCGUCGCCUGAAAAGAAAAACCGUCGAAAGGAAGAUGAGCGCAAGUUGGAGCAGGAGGAUGAGGUGCUACUCUCACUUGCGGCGGUCAAACAAAGCAAGCCAUCGCAGUUUUUGUCCAAGUUGUACGAUGCAAACCUCAACAAGCAGGCAGAACGCGCGCAAAGCAUCGACUACAGUCGCAGGAGAUUUGUGUUUGAUUUUGCCAAGAUCAAGUACGAGCCCAGGGACGUGACGAAUGACGCGUGUCCAAUAUCGGGUCACUAUUUGCGAAAGAGGUAUUUGCUGAAUCAAGAGGUGACGGAGAUCAUCAACGACACCGACCCUGAAAUGAAAUUUCUCAAGGUGGACAAGCUACUAGCCAAGACGCACAAGGAAAACAACUAUGCCGAGCCAUUAUACACCAAUUGGUGUCUAGCUGCAUUUGUGAUUCAAAAAUCUGACGUGUUGUAUACAAAAGCAGAUAAGAAAUACAUGAAGUUAAAGAUUGGUAAUUUUGACCAUUCGGUGGACCUCGUUCUAUUCGAUGACGCAUUUAAUAAGAAUUGGAAACUCCAGCAGGGGGACUUGAUUCUCGUGCUCAACCCAUACAUCAAUAAAUAUGAAAUCAAGAUUGGCGAAGGGAAAUUCAAGACGGGGUUCAACUUGAAGUUGGAUAAUUCCAACAUCGAGAGUAUUUUGGAAAUUGGUUCGGUGCGAGACUUUGGAAUCUGCAGUUUCCAAAGGAGAAGCGACAAUCAACGAUGCCUCAACGUGGUCAACAUCACAAAGCAGAAGCUAUGUGACAUUCACAUUGAUAUGAAGUUCAAGCAAAGCACAAGGAUGGAGUUGAAUGGAACGGUGUCGAUGCGGUCGCCCUCUAAGAACAAGACCAAAAUAUAUAUGAGCUACAAUAAUAAAGCAUUGUCAUCGUCGUCGACAUUGUCUGCCAGUGCAUGGAUGACACCUGGGUUCAUCAAGGAAUUCAACGAAGACUCGCUGUUUACAUCCUCAGGAGGCAUGAGCAAGAUAGACUCUGACAAGUUCCACGACCCAAAGAUAUUACAAACGCAGCUCAAAAAGAGGAAAUUGAUGAAUGAACGAGCCAAUGCUGCAUUAGAGCAGAAAUUGUCCAAAUUGUCCAAACAUAAUUCCAUAGUAGAGAGCUUGAAUCUCAAGCCAAGCAACCUGAUGUCCAACAGGGCAUCACCAACCACAAGCGAGUCGCAUUUCCCACACUCGAUGAUUUCAAAAAUUGGGUUUGAUCCAACCCUAUCCGAAGCGAAGAACCCCAUCAAGAAAACGACGCCGUCCUCGGCUCAAAUUGAAGAGCUUUACCAACUAUCGCAACGUAACUCAACCAAGAAAUCACUUGGCGUCUCCGCCGAGGACAAGCAAGCGAAAUUGAAAUUGUGGAGGUCUAACAUUGCCAAUUUGAAAAACUACGAUUCCAAAGUUCAAAGCUCAAGUUUGAAUGCGAGCACGGUAUCUGUGGCUAAUCUUCUUCCUCACGCAAAAAGCAAAUCAACUGUGGUGUCACCUCAGAGGAAAAGAAAAGCUCGAGUUGUUGAUGAUGGUGAUAGUGAAGAUGAUGACGAUGGUGAAUUGGAUAUAGAAUUCGGAGACGAUGCACUACGCGCCAAAUACGCGAAAAUGGUUGGGAAAUAG